GGUCAGCUCCCACUGGGCGCGGUUUAGUGUCCAAGAGGGGCGGGGCCAAGAGAUGAUUGGACGGAGGCGUGGCCUCCAGCCUGAAGCGUCCUGACCGCUCACUUAGCGGCGGCGGCGAAGGGUCUGUCAGAGAUGGCGUGCUUGAUGGCCGUCUGGUCCGCCCACAACCCCGCCGUCACCAACGCCAUCAUCAUGAACAACAACGGGCCUCCAGACCUGAUGCUGGACCCUCGAUCCGUGUGCGUCUUCGUGGACCGGGUGGACGAGGCGCGGGCGCCGCCGCCUCCAGGACAUGGGAGGAAGAUGGACACCAGCCUGACGGAGGCCCAGAGGUUCUCCUCGUUGCCCCGGAGACCAGCCGUCAACAUGGAGUUCAGAGACGUGUCGUACUCCAUAAAAGAGGGGCCGUGGUGGAGGAAGACAGGUAACAAGACUCUGCUCAGAGGGAUCUCUGGGAAGUUCUCCAGCGGGGACCUGGUGGCCAUCAUGGGGCCCUCAGGGGCCGGGAAGUCCACACUCAUGAACAUCCUGGCAGGCUACAGGGAGAGGGGAAUGAAGGGGGAGAUCCUGAUCAACAGUCAGCCCAGAGACCUGCGCUCCUUCAGGAAAGUGUCCUGUUACAUCAUGCAGGACGACAUGCUGCUCCCUCACCUGACCGUGCAGGAAGCCAUGAUGGUGUCCGCCAACCUGAAGCUGCAGGAGAAGGCGGAGGCUCGCCGGGAGAAGGUCUGGGAGAUCCUCAUCGCUUUGGGGUUACUGGACUGUGUGAAGACCAGAACAUCUCACCUGUCGGGGGGGCAGAGAAAAAGGCUGGCCAUCGCUUUGGAGCUGGUCAACAACCCACCCGUCAUGUUCUUUGACGAACCCACCAGUGGGUUGGACAGUUCUUCGUGUUUCCAGGUGGUGUCGCUGUUAAAGGCUUUGGCUCGAGGCGGCCGUACCGUCAUCUGCACCAUCCACCAACCAAGUGCCAAACUCUUUGAGCUCUUUGACAAGCUCUACGUGCUGAGUCAGGGUCAGUGUAUCUACAGAGGAAACGUUUCCAGCCUGGUUCCUUACCUGAGGGACCUCGGACUCAACUGCCCCACUUACCACAACCCGGCCGACUUUGUGAUGGAGGUGGCGUCGGGGGAGUACGGGGAUCAAAUGGUGCGCCUGGUGACGGCCGUGCGGAACAGUAAGCACGAGGGCGACCAGCAGACGGAGCUGAACGGAGACGCCAAGCCCCACACGGUGAUGUGGCAGCGAGCUGACGAGGAGUCGUCGUCUGAAGGUUGUCACAGUUUUUCUGCCAGUUGCAGGGUUCAGUUCUCCAUUUUGUUUAGAAGAACCUUCCUCAGCAUCCUGAGAGACUCGGUGCUGACUCACCUGAGGAUCACCUCCCACAUCGGGAUUGGCGUUCUGAUUGGCCUGCUUUACCUGGGCAUCGGCAACGAGGCCAAGAAGGUCCUCAGUAAUUCGGGCUUCCUCUUCUUCUCCAUGUUGUUCCUCAUGUUCGCCGCUCUGAUGCCAACUGUUCUCACCUUUCCUCUGGAGAUGGGAGUAUUUCUGAGGGAACAUCUCAACUACUGGUACAGUCUCAAGGCUUUCUACUUGGCCAAGACCAUGGCCGACGUUCCUUUCCAGGUGGUAUUCCCGGUGGUGUACUGCAGUAUCGUGUACUGGAUGACGGCUCAGCCUCCAGACGCCACACGCUUCUUCCUCUUCCUGUCCCUGGGGGUCAUGACCUCGCUGGUGGCACAGAGUCUUGGCCUGCUAAUUGGAGCUGCUUCCACCUCGCUGCAGGUGGCCACCUUUGUGGGUCCGGUCACAGCGAUUCCGGUUCUGCUGUUUUCUGGCUUCUUUGUAAGUUUUGACACGAUCCCUUGGUACCUGCAGUGGAUGUCCUACAUCUCCUAUGUCAGAUACGGUUUUGAAGGAGUCAUCCUAUCCAUCUACGGUCUGGAGCGAGAGGAUCUUCACUGUGAACAUGAUGACACGUGUCACUUCCAGAAGUCUGACGCCAUCCUGCAGGAACUGGACAUGAUGGACGCCAAAUUAUACCUGGACUUUGUUGUCCUGGCCCUUUUCUUCUUCUCGCUGCGUCUCAUCGCUUACUUCAUCCUCAGAUACAAAAUCAGUGCCGAGAGGUAGACCGGGAAUGUGGGGUUGGGAUCUGGGAUGUGGGAAGAGGAUAUCCCCUGCUUAGGCCCAAAAGCAAAUCAGUUGUCCGUGUGUCCUGCAGGGACAGGAGCAGGUCUCCAAGCUCCUGUAGUUUUUCCUCAGCGGAGAGACCACAUGACAGAUGGACCGGGAAGUACUUUACAUUCCUCUCAUUGUCAUGCGUGACAGCAGUCAGAAGGUUUGCAUUUU